AUCACGAUCUUCCAAUUAGUUACCAUCACCCGUUUCGGUGAGGAGUUUUUCCGUGCGGAAGUUCUUUCGGUGCGGUCGGUGCGCUUCCCACUUCCGCUCUGACACGACGCGGGGUUGAAUGUUUUUAAAAGAAUUGUACUACACACACACACAAACAAUGUACAGACGUUUGUCCGGCCCCAAUUGAGACGAUGAUCUGAUAGAUGAGUAACAUGUCACUGUUCUCCAGUGAGUCCCCCAGUCUGUCGACCCUAUGCGUCAACGGCACGUCGUCCGACUGCGGCCCCUGCAUCGGCGACAACAGCUCCGUGUUGCCCGCCACCUUCUCCGGCAGCGUACCCAUCUCGGAGGACCCCAGGAUCGAGAUACUCAGGCGGUACUCGUACGGCAUCGCUUUGCCGCUCAUCUGCCUGCUCGGCAUCAUCGGCAACAUCUUCAACCUGAUCGUGCUCACCAGGAGGAACAUGAGGGGCACCGCUUACAUCUACAUGAGAGGCUAUUCAGCGGCCGCCCUGCUGGCAAUAAUAUUCGUCCUACCGUUCGCUUGGCGAGUUCUGGUGCACUGGGAACACGGCAGCUGGGAUCACUUCCUCCCCGCAUUCUACUUCGCGCACUUGGAACUUUUCCUCGGCAACGGUUGCCUGGGCAUCGGCGUCAUGAUGCUGCUGGCGCUAACGCUCGAGCGCUACGUCAGUGUGUGCCAUCCAGGGCAUGCAAGGCCUAUUCUUGGGUCGCCUAGGAGGGCAGUGGCUCUCAUCCCAGCGGCCACUUUUAUACUAUACAUUCCGAACAUGUUCAGAAGUCAGAUUUGGACGUGCAGGUUCGAGGGCGUGAUUAGGUAUCAGAGGCAAGAGGCUACAUGGUACACAGAACAAACCAUCUAUGGAAUAUACAAAGUCGCUUUGGAAUUCAUUUUCAAGGUGGUCCCGGUGAUAUUGUUGGCAGCUUUGAAUUUAAGGAUCUUGAUAGUAUACAGAAGAUCUUGUGAGAAGAGGCGGAAGAUGACUUUGAACCGGACAACUUCAGGUGAAGAAGAUCCUCGAAAGUUUGCUGAAGAAAGGAGACUAGUUCUCUUAUUGGGAUCGACUAGUAUCUUAUUUUUAGUUUGUGUUACGCCGAUGGCCAUACUCAAUGUAACAUUAUCUGAUAAUAAGUCCCUAAAUUAUCCCUAUCAGUUGUUCCGCGCACUCGCCAAUCUGCUGGAGAUCACCAACUAUUCGAUAACGUUCUACAUCUACUGUCUGUUCUCGGAGGACUUCCGCAACACAUUGCUCCGCACUCUCAGCAUACCCAGCGGCCAGCCCACCAGAGGCAUGGUGAAACCACCCCCACCGACCGCCACCACGACGAUCACGCAGCACAGGAGCGUUUGAUAUAAGAGCAGCAGACCGCUGGCCACAGCGGUCUAAUAAUCCACAUCCCCUGGUUGAAAGGGAAGUUAUUUAUGUUUUGAAAUGACGAAAUCUGGAUGCAAUUUUUAAUAAAGAAAUUUUAUCUUCCUUUUUGAUAUGUUACAUAUUGAAAUUUAGGAGAUGUUUGUAGAUAGUAAUUUCCCUCUCAACCUAAUAUAACUUACCGCGAGAUCAAUUAAUUUUUUACGUCUGGUGCUAUAUCAACUAAGACUAUAAUAAGCUGCCACCAAAACAGUUAGUAGUUGUGGUUUAACUCUUUGAAAUGAUUUGUAUGUAACAUAACAAGAAAAAGUAUUGCUAAUUUUAUCUUGAAAACAAUAAUUUUUAAGAAAAUUAUAGUCAUAUUUCAUAUUAAUUUAUUUAAAAUUAAUAACUUCGGAAUGGCUUAUUUGGAGAGGUCAAUAUAAAUGAUGACUGUGAGGUAAAGAAGAAUGUAUUUUUAUAAAUAUUUUUAUAGAUUACAGAUCCGUGCUUUAAUAAUUUGUCAAAACUAAGUAUGGUUAUUUUAAUAUCGGAUAAUUGGAAUAUUUUUACAAUGAAUAGGGACAUAGAAUGUAGUUUUGCUGUAGCAUUUAUAUUAGUUUAUAAAUGUAAGUAAUAGUCACUGCCUAAGAUGAAGUGAUAAUAUUGUUAAUGAAGCCAAAGGGAUGGAAUUAUAUAAAAAAUAAGAGAUUUAUAAAGUUCUUUGAAGAUUAAAUACUAGAUUGAUUAAGGAAGAACAAAUCGAAAUUCACAAACACUAUAUUAAAAUGUAUCUAUUAAAGUAGAUUAUUAUGAGAAUUGAAAUUUUUUAUAAUGAAUAGUUCAUACUUAAUUAAACUUAAAUUAAAAUGCUGCCUUAAUUUUUAAGUGUAGUUUAAGAAUAGAUCAGUACUUUGUAUUUUUAUAAAUUUAUAUGAAGAAACUGGUAGAAAAAUCAAAUAACAGCUUUUUCAUUGCUGUAAUUUUCUCAUUUCACUGAGUUAAACCAAAACUACCUAUAUACAUUUCCAAAAACAAGAGCCAUGUUUGGUACCUCUUCAAACAUACAAAAUACAUUUAUUCACCAAUUUGAAGUGGUAUAAAAUCUGUGAUCAGGUUAUGUGUAUUUCUCUUAACAUAUUCAUAGUCUCCAGCUAUAAGCAGUUUUCACAUUCCAAACAAUUUUCAUUGUAUAUUGUAAUUGUAUGCCAACAAUAUCAAAUACAGUUCGUAUGUAUGGUCAUUUUUUGACAAAAAUGAUAUUGUAGGUAAAUGCAUGUGUUAAGCUCAACCAUGUUAUUUAAAAUAGAGAAUUUGUUGUACAGUUUAUAAUAAAAGAGCUAAAAAUUUA